AAUAUGCUUUAUACUCUGUUACCCAAUACAAUCGAAAUCUGUGAAAGUGCAGUUUCAUGUAGAUUAUGCGCAGUUAGUUUAGACUAGUAGAGUUGCUGGUAUCGAUCUACAUGACUUGUACAAGUGAAUGAUGACCCUUAGUGUUGUUAACGUUUUACAAUUUAUUUUGUCUCUAACCCUUUGCUAUCCAAUUGGAUAUGCACAACAAGUUUGGCUUACUCUGGGAUCAUACCACCCUACAAUCGUUACUAACAAUACUGAGAUCCUCAUCACUGACAUUGGAGAGAGGGUGCUACUGGUGGUCAUCCUUCUCUCACGUGUCACACUGACCUGACUGCCUGCUGUAGAAGUGCCGCUGAGAACGGUGGUAAUGGUGGACUGGGACAGUGGACAUAUCCUGAUGGGAGUGUGAUACUGAGCAAUGGUCCCUCAGCGACUGCUGGACAGCAGUUCUACAUUAACAGGGGUGCUCCCCAACUCAUCAGGCUGAACCGUAGACAGGGAAACAACCCCCUCACUCCAACCGGGUCCUACUGUUGUACUGUACCAACUACUGGAGGAGAUAUGACCCUCUGUGCCAACCUGGUUGUGUGUCUCUCCCUCCUUCCCCUGACCAAUGGUUUGAUCACGUACUCUGAUCCUACACUUGGUGAAGGGACUGUGGCCACCUAUACCUGUAAUCCACUUCACACCCUCAGUGGAAACAGCACCAGAAUUUGUGGGAGUGAUGGAAGUUGGAGCGGCGGGUCAGCUCCGGCUGGGUGUAAAGUUGUGUGCCCGUCCCUCCCUCCCCUGACGAAUGGGAUGAUCUCCUACUCUGACCCAACACUGAGUGAAGGCACUGUGGCUACUCACACUUGCAGUCGUAUAGGAUACAGUCCCAUAGGAAAUACAGCAAGAAUUUGCCAAUCUGAUAGGACUUGGAGUGGAUCAUCUGUAACAUGCCAAGUUGUUGAUUGUGGACCGCCCAUUGUUCCGAGGCAUGGCCAAGUGCAUUUGCCAUCUGGAACCACUUAUGGCAACUUCGCCAACUAUUUUUGUGACGAAUGCUCAAAUAUUAACGGAGUCUCAAGUGUGCAGUAUUGUGGAGCGAAUGGAAUCUGGUUGCUCCCUGCACCAACCUGUCAAGUUCUCAGUGAAUGUGGCCUGCUUGCUACUCCUAUUAACGGAAAUGUUGAGAUGUCUGCUGGCUCUGAAUGUGGCAGCAAAGCUGAUUACAACUGCACUGUUGGUUAUGAGUUGAGAGGAGUUAUGUCUCGUGUGUGCCAAGUUAGUGGACUGUGGAAUGGGACAAUGCCGUCAUGUGAACGUGUUGACUGUGGGCCCCUUCAAAGUCCUAUAAAUGGGAUUUUACAGACUUUCGGGACGUUGUUCAUGAGCGAAGCUACCUACUACUGCCACCGUGGAUAUGAAAUUUCUGGUGCAAGCCACCGUACUUGUGGUGCUGAUGGCCAGUGGAGACCAAACGAGCCCUUUUGCAAUCCGGUUGAGUGUCCAACUCCUGCGUAUCUUAACAAUGGAUUGGUGACGUAUUCUGGUACUACUUUUACCAAUGAAGCAACCUACAGUUGUGAUUAUGGUUAUACACUACAAGGAUCUACAACACGUACUUGCAAUGCUAAUGGAGGAUGGCAACCAUCCGAACCAUUCUGUCAAAUUGUUGAUUGCGGACCCCUUCAAAAUCCCACCAAUGGAAUGGUUGACUUAUCUUCUAGUACAAUUUUUAUGAGCAUUGCUAUCUUCACAUGUGACUCUGGGUACACACUAGAGGGUAUUGGUUUCAGUCAAUGUCUUGCUGAUGGUGGGUGGAGCUCAACUGAACCGAUUUGUAAUGCUGUUGACUGUGGAGCACUUGAACACCCCAUCUAUGGAAGUGUGGAUGUUUCUCACGGUACUACGUUUGGUAACGAAGCUGUGUACAGUUGCUCAGAUGGGUACCUACUAAUUGGACAAAAGAAGCACACUUGCACUGAAAUGGAACAUGGAGCCCAGAAAUAGACGGAAUCUGUGAUUCUGUUGACUGUGGUCUUCCCUCUGAUCCUACUAAUGGACGAGUGGACACAUCCUCUGGAACCACCUUCAUGAGUGCAGUUGUCCACAGCUGCAGCACUGGCUACAAUCUCUAUGGUACUAGAUCAAGGGUGUGUCAAGCGAAC